AUGAUACGGCGCGCCACGUACUACGUUGCUUUAUUUUUGCUCGUCUACAUGGCCGGCGGCAAGAAGGCGAAACAUCGCGACCCCGAGGCCAUCCCCUGCCUUCUCGACAUGUGCAAGGUCAAACCCCAUUACGACUUGCUGGCGGACGACAUGUCGUGCUCGAAAAGAGAUGCCCCCAAUUACAGCUUUUUCAAGUUCGGCUCGGUGCGCCGCCUGACAUACAUGAGGGAUCUGACGUACCCCAAAGUGACCUACCGGAACAAAGUGCGCAAUUUCACCGGGCACCCGGCGUUGCUGAUCAACGAGCCCUACCGGCACACCAGGCAGCAGGAGCUGGAUGACCCUUCCAUCAUGCGCGUCAAGUGCCUGGAGCAGAUGGACGACAAGCGGGAGCACAAGUGUUUUACCGAAAAAAUCCGCCAGCACGCUAUCGAGGACAUUGCCUACGCCAUGAGCCGGAGGAGGGCGAUGCUGUUUGGGGACAUGACAUCAAGGCGCCCUGCUAGAAUUACAUCCUGCGACGUUUCCCACGACGACGAGCGAAACCCGCUGAUGAACAAGCACGUGCUCAUCAGGCGCGCUCCCCGAAUCAAGCCCGCCCCGAAAGUGUCGAAGGAGGUGGUGAAGCCGCUAAGUUUAAGCGAAUCCGAGACUCAACCAAGCCACGCGAGCACGCCCGCUAAGAAGCCCAGAAAGGAGAAGCCCGAGUCGAUGAAGAGCUACAAGGAGCUCCUCUUCACGCCACCGAACCAGGAGCUGAGCCUGUUGCUCGAUGCGACGCCCGUGCCGACGGCGCGCAUCGGCGAAAGCCCCGGCGUCUACGUCACGUCCGUCCGGAUGAUCACCGACCGCGAGCAGAAGAAGCCCACGGUGACCCCGCUGAAAUCGAAAACCCCGCUCCGAACGGGACGCUCGGGCGAGGAGCCAAAGCCGCCGACACGACAACUGGACACCCCGGAAGUGGUGGUGCAGCAGCUACUCGGCACUGACCGGCGCACGGGAAGUCGACGACAGAAGUCGGAGCGUCAGAGGAGUCCGAAGAGGAAAACCGGCGAUGGCUCUGGCCGCGCAGACCGACCGGCUCCAAUCGACACGAAAAGCCGGCCCAAGUACGACGGCCCCCAAGGAAGCGGAAGCGGUCGAUCCGGGAAGAGCGGCCGCAACCAG